GACGCAACGAUGACGUUCAUACGGAUGGUGAAUCGUUUCUGUUUGUCGAGACGUAGGCUGGGAGCUACGGAGAGAGAGGAACUGUAGAAAAAAAAAACUGUAGCAGGUUAACAUGGAGGCAGAAUCGGUGAUUGAGGACAAAACCAUCGAGUUAAUGUGUACUGUGCCCAGAUCUCUGUGGCUAGGCUGUUCCAACCUGGUAGAGAGCAUGUGCGCACUAAGGUGCCUGCACAGCAUGCCCAGUGUCAGCUGUCUGCAGAAUACGUCUGUAAUGGAGGAUGCAAAUGAAGAUGGGUCCCCAAAGAAAAACACAGUAUUGCAGAUUAACAACCUCAGCAAUGGAACUUCCUCUGUGAUCGUCUCUAGGAAGAGGCCCUCUGAAGGAAAUUAUGAAAAAGAAAAAGACUUGUGUAUAAAGUAUUUUGACCAGUGGUCUGAGUCUGAUCAGGUCGAAUUUGUAGAGCAUCUUAUUUCACGGAUGUGCCAUUAUCAGCAUGGACACAUUAAUUCUUACUUGAAGCCCAUGUUACAGAGGGACUUCAUCACAGCUUUACCAGAGCAAGGAUUGGAUCACAUAGCAGAAAACAUCCUGUCUUACUUGGAUGCGAGGUCGCUUUGUGCAGCAGAAUUAGUUUGUAAAGAAUGGCAGAGGGUCAUCUCUGAGGGAAUGCUGUGGAAAAAAUUAAUUGAAAGAAUGGUACGAACAGAUCCACUCUGGAAAGGUCUUUCAGAAAGGAGGGGUUGGGAACAGUAUCUUUUCAAAAACAGACCAACAGAUGGACCACCAAAUUCAUUUUACAGAUCGUUGUAUCCAAAGAUUAUUCAAGAUAUUGAGACUAUAGAAUCCAACUGGAGGUGUGGACGCCACAACUUACAAAGAAUCCAGUGUCGUUCAGAAAACAGUAAAGGAGUUUAUUGCUUGCAGUACGAUGAUGAAAAGAUCAUCAGUGGCUUACGGGAUAACUCUAUAAAGAUUUGGGACAAAGCAACUUUAGAGUGUUUGAAAGUGUUAACAGGACACACAGGUUCUGUUUUGUGCCUACAGUAUGAUGAGCGGGUUAUUGUUACAGGGUCAUCUGAUUCAACUGUACGAGUAUGGGAUGUUAACACCGGAGAGGUACUAAACACUCUGAUACAUCACAACGAAGCAGUGCUUCACCUACGUUUCUGUAAUGGCCUAAUGGUCACUUGUUCCAAAGACAGGUCCAUCGCUGUUUGGGACAUGGCUUCUCCCACAGACAUCACUUUAAGGCGGGUACUGGUUGGCCAUCGAGCAGCUGUCAAUGUGGUUGAUUUUGAUGACAAGUACAUUGUGUCAGCAUCAGGUGACAGAACAAUCAAGGUAUGGAGCACAAGCACCUGUGAAUUUGUGAGGACACUCAAUGGGCACAAGCGUGGCAUUGCAUGCCUACAGUACCGGGACCGACUGGUUGUGAGUGGGUCUUCAGAUAAUACAAUCAGGUUAUGGGAUAUCGAAUGUGGUGCCUGCCUUCGAGUGUUAGAGGGUCAUGAAGAGCUAGUUCGAUGCAUCAGAUUUGACAACAAGAGGAUUGUGAGUGGUGCAUAUGAUGGCAAAAUCAAGGUUUGGGAUUUGCAAGCUGCCCUUGAUCCACGUGCACCAGCUAGUACGCUCUGCCUUCGUACGUUGGUGGAACACUCUGGACGUGUUUUCCGACUGCAGUUUGAUGAGUUUCAGAUCAUUAGUAGCUCUCAUGAUGACACCAUUUUGAUAUGGGAUUUUCUGAAUGUGCCGCCAAGUGCACAGAAUGAGGUGCGGUCGCCUUCUAGAACAUACACCUACAUCUCCAGAUAACAGCUUGCACUUUAUUCCCUGCUCAGGGCUCAACAGAUUUAAACUACUGGAUCUUCGGCUCCUGACUGCUGAAAACCUUGGAAAUUCCAAAGUUAUACAUAACUAAGGAGGAGGAGAUUUAUUGGAGCUGCAGGCAGAUGCAAAACAGCAAGAUAAAUAUCUUUGGAAAGUGUUUAUAUUUUCUUGCUGUUUUCCGUUGUGAACCCUUGACGACUUUCUUUACUAGAAAAUUAUAGACUUCAGGUGACAAGCCAUGCCAAACCUGUUGCUGAAACAAAUGUCCAGAUAACAGUUUUGAUGCAAAAUGAGCUACAGGGCCUCUCUGAGAGGGAAGCUGCAAACUGCCAAUAAAUGACUUUGGCUUAAUUUAUAUUGCUUUGCACUGUAUAUCCUUGGAUUCAAAUGGAAAUGGUUCCUGUUAAAGUUGGGUGCCAAACACAUACCCAUGUAGUUAAGAGUUUGUCUUCAGAAUCCAGAUAUUGCUUUACAGAUUUUGCACAGGAAUUUGGAUGGUCAGAAUUUUGUUCUUCAGAGGUGCACGUCGAACAACUAAAGAAACAUGUCAAGAACGUGAUAUGUUACUUUUUAAGGAUUUUUUUUAUAUUUGCUUCACAAGUAGCAAUUUGGUUAUAUUUCAGAUUUCUGUAAUUGAUUGUUUUAAUGUAGUUAGCUGUGUAUAUUAGUGUUUUGUCCAUAACUGUGUUGUGUAUUAAAGCUUUGUACCUUAGUUUAAUAAACCUUUUUGUUUGAGGAUUAAGUACAAUGGCUUGAAUUGGUAGCAUGCAGAUUCUCUGUUUUUCACCUAUCAUGUCACAUUAAUAACUUUUUAAAAACUUUUUAAAAAGUAGUACAUACAAAUUUUAGAAAACAGUAAUUUAACUGUGCCAGCUUUCAGAUUUUUUUUCAGUUUCAUAACUUUUACACUGGGUAUGCUUUUGUUUAUUCUGUUUUUUUUUUUCUUGUAGCUGUUAGAUCUGUCUCUACUUUUUCAUCACAUUUUAAGGAAACUUUAUUCCCCUGUACAAAGCACUUCUUGCUUUACUCAGUAUAUACCAUUUUUAGAAACAGACAAGCCUCAGUACUUAAGUUUGAAUUUUUUUUCAUCCAGUUAAUGUAAAAAAAAAGGGGGGGGUGAUAAAGCUAGUGUGACCCCCUCUUGGUUGCCCAGUAUUACCCUGCAGUUUGUAAAUAGAGAAAAACAAAGUGGCAUAAAAAGCUUGCUGCAAUCUCUACUAUUUCCAGUUGCAGCAGAUCUGGAAUGCGCAGUUUUAUGCGUUUGCAUUGUGCCGAAUAGGCAACGGACAGGUUUCCAGCUUAGAUUUGGCUCUUCAUAUGAAGUCCUAUUUUUCUUUUCUGUUUGCUCUCCAUUUCAGGACUUGUACUGGGAGAGCUGAGAGUUGGCGAUAGUAUAAUGUAUGUUUUUUCAGCUGCCUGCGGCCCAGAGAAAAUUUUUGACGUUAGCGUCUCACUUUGGCUCUAUGCAUGACUUGUGUCUGUAGAUACAGUUUCAUUUGUUCAUUUCAUAGGGAUUUUGUAUUUUACAGAUUACAGGUCUUGUCAGAAUGUCCUCUCUGUUAACAUACCCUAUUCCAUGCUGUCAUUUUGGAUUUAUUUCUGUGUAGGUGUUUUUUUUCUGUAGUAGUUAAAAAGAUUAAUGUAUCGUAAUUUUACUUAUUGUAAAUUAUAGCAGAAGCACUGAAAACAGUAAUGGGAACAAUGUUUGAUCAUUUUUAGUGGGUGUGUGGUGAAAAUGCAUUUCAGAGCUGAGUCAUCCCUGUAUAAACACUGCUCACAGCUUUGCAGCAGUCUGGAAUUGAACUGCUGCCACUAUUUGUUUUUUGUUUACAUGUAACAUAUGUAUGAAUUUGUCUUUGAUUAUUUUAAUUUGUUUUAUACCACCCCAUUCCAGAAGGCACAUUAUUAUUAGUGACUAUCCAUGUAUUUUUUUUUGUCAGCAUUUUUGUAAACUUUACCAGAUUGUACCUACAUUUAUUUCAGUCUAGAAAUGAAUUCCUGAAAAGGUGUGAAAAAUACUUACUCUGAAGUGUCUUAGUAACAAUUGAGGACCGAGGUGUACAUGGUGUCUCUGCCUUAAUGACCCAAGGCCAGGAAAAUAGUAUGUACGUCCAUUAGUGUUCUGGAAGUGGUUAGUAAUAGAAAACAUUACAGUAGGCUUUUCCCUCCUGCCUUAGAUUGUGGAGGCUUGUCAGAUGUGCUGGUGGCUACUUUUGAAAAUAUCUAAUGGCAGAAGUGUAUGUUUUGCCAGUGACAGAAGAAAUUUGCAUGUGCAUGCACAUCUAUGACCUCUUCAACUUGCUGCUAGAUAGACAUUGAACCCCAAGUAUUGUCCCAGAGCAUUGCAUAUAUGCCCCCCCCCCCCCCAUUUACAGCAGUUCUGGUAAUGGAACUGUACAUAGUCGCUCCCUAGAAGGUAUUUGACAGUCUGAAGGAAGUGUUGAGUGCUUGGCAUUCUGCAGAUUUAAAAAAAAACAUUUUUGGAGGGGUUACAAUGAAAGUAGUGCAUUUUUUCAGUUAUCAUGGCAAUAUUUUAUGGAAAUGUAAUCACACUGAAAAUCUGUGUUCCUUCACUUCUGCAUAUAGGUCUGAGUUGUGUUUUUCCACCAAUAGUGUAGUUCCUUUUCUUUAAAAAGUGGAAGCUAAAACUUUGUCAUAAUUCCCCAAAGAUGCAUUACAAGUCGUAUGUGUAAUUUAAGCUUUCUGGCUGUAUGCAGUAUUUUAAGGCAAAAAUAUUGCAAUUGGCAUUCAAGGAACAAUGACUUCUAGGGGUGGGGAAGUAACCAGGCUGUUUUCUGAAAGUUUUUGAAACCGUUAUUGAAUGAACCACUGUACAUUAAUGCUAUAAAAUUCCCAGAAACUGGGAUGCUCUAAUUUUAAUAUGUAAUGUUUGCCAUUUUUUGAGGGGGGGGGGUGUGGGCUAGCAAAUGUUAGUGUAAGUAGUUCAUUGCACCUGUUAAAUUGUACAGAUAGCAUUUAUGACCUAAAUCUUUAUACUGUGGAAUGUGCUUAAUUAAAAAAAAGUAAAUAAAAUUCUGUGGUUAUGCACCAUAA